GCAACGUAUUUUAUGCCCUAUAAAUACUUUGUUCAAAAGCGAAAGUUGAAAGAGGGCUACUUUGGGGUUUCUCUCUUCAAACUAGGGUUUUACAGAAUAUAAGCUCUCUCUAUCUUUGGUUUUCGUCAUUCAAAUCCAAUCCAAUAUCAAAUAUGAGUCGUCAUCCCGAGGUUAAGUGGGCUCAGAGACUUGACAAGGUCUAUAUCACGGUGCAAUUGGCUGAUUCAAAAAAUGCCAAGGUGGAUCUUACACCAGAUGGUAUUUUUACCUUCUCUGGUAGUGCUGGUGCUGAAGACCAUCAGUAUGAGCUAAAACUGGAGCUCUUUGACAAGGUUAAUGUAGAGGAGAGCAAAAUUAAUGUAGGAGUGCGAAGCAUAUUCUGUGUAGUGCAGAAGGCAGAGGAUGGAUGGUGGAAAAGGUUACUGCGUGGAGAAGGCAAGCCUCCACAUUAUGUGAAAGUAGAUUGGGAUAAAUGGGUGGAUGAGGAUGAAGAUGAUGGUAAUAAUGGUGAAGUGGACUUGGGAGGGAUGGAUUUCUCGAAAUUUGGGGGGAUGGGUGCUGAUGCAAUGGGAGCAAUGGGAGGGAUGGGUGCUGGUGCAAUGGGAGGGAUGGAUUUCUCUAAAUUUGGUGGAAUGGGUGAUGCAAUGGAUGACAUUGAUGAGAGUGAUGAUGAAGAGCAAGAAGUGUCAAAGCCUCUUGAACAGGAUGCUGGCGAGGCAUCAACAGAGAAAAAAGAGGCUGCUCCAAGCACAUGAUGCCGUUGCAGUUCAAGGCGCUACCCUAGAAGAUGUGUAUGAAAAUUCUCGAGUGAAAUUUUCUCUAUCUGUAGCUUGGAUUGGUAGUUGUUUUAAGUAGAGACGUUCAUGUGUCUCUCCCGUGUUGGCUGAACAUUUAGCGCGUAUUAUUUACCAGAAAAAAUCUCCUUCUAGUUGUUGACUUAGGAUAUUGUAUAAUUGAGAUAUUUUCAUGCUUGAAUGGUGGUAUCCGGAUUUCUAUAUUUUUAUGUUGCGUAUGUUUUGAACUUUUUUGGAUGAUUGA